AUGAGCAUGACUGGCCACAGCUACAGCAUCUACAAUGCAGUCUAUGCUGUGGCCCAUGCUAUGCAUGCCAGGUCCUCAUCUGAAGUCCAACACAGGCCAAUGGUGAGGACUAAUGGACUGACAUUUAGGAAUGAAGAGCCAUGGCAGCUCCAUCAGUUUCUUAGAGGUGUCUCAUUUAAUAACAGUGCUCAGAACAAGAUUUCCUUCAGUGAGAAAGGGGAGGUGGUGCCUGAAUUUGAUGUUAUCAAUUGGAAGUUCUUUUCCAAUGAAUCCUUUCUCCCUGUGAAAGUUGGAAGGAUUGACCUUGAGGCUUCUACAGGCCCAACACUUGCCAUCAAUGAGGAGGCCAUUACAUGGCACCACUGGCUUAAUCAGUCACAGCCACUUUCUGUAUGCACUGAGAGUUGCCGUCCAGGUUCCAGCAAGAAAGUGAAGGAAGGGAAGCCAUACUGCUGCUAUGAUUGCAUCCCAUGUUCAGCUGGGAAGAUUGCAAGCCAGGAGGACAUGAAUGAUUGCAACGCAUGCUCAGAUACAGAAUAUCCAAGCCAGAAUCAGGUUUUCUGUCUUCCCAAGACCACCACCUUCUUGACCUAUGAAGAAGCUUUGGGACUCACUUUAGCCCUCCUAGCACUUGCGUUUUCUUUCAUCACAGCUCUGGUGCUGGCUGUGUUUGUGAAGAACCACAGGACUCCCAUAGUCAAAGCCAACAACCAGAAGCUCACCUACACUCUGCUCAGCUCCCUCCUGCUCUGCUUCCUUUGUGCUUUGCUAUUCAUUGGUGAACCUCAGAAGCUCACCUGCCUCCUCCGUCAAACUGCCUUUGUCAUCAUCUUCUCAGUGGCUGUUUCUUCUGUGCUGGCAAAAACCCUCUUGGUUGUUCUGGCUUUUAUGGCUACUCAGCCAGGAUCCAGGAUAAGGAAGUGGUUGGGAAGGGAUAAGGCCAGUGUCAUUGUCCUUUCCUGCUGUCUCAUCCAAGCAGGCAUCUGCAGUGUGUGGCUGGGAACAUCACCCCCUUUCCCAGAUGUUGACCUUUUCUCCACGGCUGAAGAAAUCAUACUGGAAUGUAAUGAGGGCUCAGUGAUGAUGUUUUACUGUGCCUUGGGCUACAUGGGCCUUCUUGCAACCAUCAGCUUCACAGUGGCCUUUCUGUCCAGGAAGCUGCCCGGCAGUUUCAACGAAGCCAAGUUCAUCACUUUCAGCAUGCUGGUCUUUUGCAGUGUUUGGCUCUCUUUUGUUCCUUCUUACCUCAGCACCAAGGGGAAAUCCAUGGUGGCUGUGGAGAUCUUCUCCAUCUUAUCUUCCAGUGCCGGAUUGCUGUGUUGCAUCUUUUUCCCCAAAUGUUACAUUAUUGUGCUGAGACCUGAGCUGAACAACAGGGAACAGCUAAUUAAAAGAAAAUAUUGA